GUUUUCAUUUUGUUAUCUCUUUAGUUUAUACCAAACUUACUAUUACAAAACAAUUUUGAUUCUAAACUAGAUACUUUUUUAUGCCAGUUUUUACGAUUCUAAACAUAUAUACUAAAUGAUAAGAAUCUACGUUUAAAUCCAGUACUGAUGAUGAACAUGUGUGUCUGUCAACACGGACGGAGAACUUGUCGGCCUAGUUAUCGUUUACUGAGGCAUUUCACAGCAUCAUUUUCCAGUUACCGAGAAAAGGGUCUGCGUAAAAUUUUCAAUGGGGCUGAGAUUUCAAACCCCGGAACCCUUUUAAUACCCAAUAAUUUGAGCUUAGCGCCGAGGUCUACGGAUGAUGCACUCCACAGACUCAAUGCGGAGAUAACGAUCUUGGGUCGCCAGGGCAAGCUCGAAGAAGCAAAGAAGUUGUUCGACGAAAUGCGCCAACGAGAUGAUGUUUCCUACAAUUCGAUGAUUACCGUUUAUUUGAAGAACAAGGACCUACUUGGAGCCGAAACAGUGUUCAGAGCAAUGCCACAAAAAAAUGUUGUUGCAGAAUCUGCAAUGAUUGAUGGGUAUGCUAAAGUUGGUCGCUUGGAUGAAGCUCGUAAGGUGUUCGAUAGUAUGAGUCAUAGGAAUGCAUUCUCUUGGACUAGUUUGAUUUCUGGGUAUUUUAGUUAUGGAAAAAUUGACGAGGCUUUGGACUUGUUUGAUCAAAUGCCUGAGAGAAACGUUGUGUCCUGGACUGCGGUGGUUUCAGGUUUUUCUCGCAAUGGGUUGAUGGGUCAUGCUCGAAAGUAUUUUGAUCGCAUGCCUGAAAAGAAUAUCAUAGCUUGGACAGCGAUGGUCAAGGCAUAUCUUGACAAUGACUGCUUCGAUGAGGCUUAUAAGCUCUUCCUUGAAAUGCCUGAAAGGAAUGUUCGCUCUUGGAACAUCAUGAUCUCAGGUUGUUUGAGGGUCAAUAGAGUGAAUGAGGCCAUAAGUUUGUUUGAAUCAAUGCCGGAUAGGAAUCAUGUUUCGUGGACGGCUAUGGUUUCGGGUUUGGCACAAAACAAGAUGAUUGGGAUUGCUAGGAAGUAUUUUGAUCUCAUGCCUCAUAAAGAUAUGGCUGCAUGGACUGCAAUGAUCAGUGCAUGUGUUGAUGAGGGUCACAUGGACGAAGCUCGCUUGAUUUUCAACCUGGUGCCGGAGAAGAAAGUUGGGAGUUGGAACACAAUGAUCGGUGGCUACGCAAGGAAUGGUGAUAUAGCAGAAGCCUUAUGUCUGUUUGUUUUGAUGUUAAGAUCUUGCGUUAGACCCAAUGAAACCACUAUGACUAGCGUAUUAACUUCCUGUGAUGGCAUGGUGGAACUCAUACAAGCUCAUGCAAUGGUCAUACGGCUCGGGUUUGAGCCCAACACAUGGCUUACAAAUGCACUUAUUACGUUGUACUCCAAAAGUGGAGAUCUUUGUUCAGCUAGGCUUGUUUUUGAGCUACUAAAGUCAAAAGAUGUAGUGUCAUGGACUGCCAUGAUAGUAUCUUAUUCAAAUCAUGGACAUGGUCACCAUGCCUUGCAGGUAUUCGCAAGCAUGCUAGUAUCAGGAAUUAAGCCAGAUGAGGUCACCUUUGUGGGACUCUUGUCAGCUUGUAGCCAUGCUGGUCUUGUUAACCAAGGUAGAAGACUGUUUGACUCAAUCAAGGGUACUUAUAAUUUAAAUCCUAAGGCGGAGCACUAUUCCUGCCUUGUAGACAUUCUAAGUAGAGCAGGACUUAUGGAUGAGGCAAUGGAUGUAGUGUCCACUAUUCCUCCUUCCGAGAGAGAUGAAGCUGUUCUUAUGGCUUUGCUUGGUGCGUGUAGGCUUCAUGGGGAUGUUGUAAUGGCAAAUUCCGUUGGUGAGAAACUAUUAGAGCUAGAGCCAUCUAGUUCAGGGGGGUAUGUACUACUAGCACAUACAUAUGCUGCAGAGGGUCAAUGGGAUGAAUUUGCACAAGUUAGGAAAAGAAUGAAAGAGAGAUAUCUAAAGAAAAAUCCAGGAUAUAGUCAAAUACAGAUAAAAGGGAAAAAUCAUGUAUUUGUUGUUGGGGAAAGAUCUCAUCCCCAGAUUGAGGAAAUUUACAGAUUGUUACAACAGAAUCUUCAACCUUUGAUGACGGAAAUGGGUUCUACACCAGAGAACAUGUUGCUAGUAGAUUAGUUCUCAAGCAAUUAAGUACUAACCCAAGUUACAUCUAACAUAAAAAAUGUACACUUUAUAGUGUUAUUAUGAACGCCACUGAUUAGUUCUUUUAAACUUGGUGAGCUAUUUAGCAUGAUAUAAAUGAUUGAGUGUUGGAAACUUUAUGAGAACCGCAAAAUUUGUGAGAAUACAAAGUUGACACACAACAGUUAAGUUAAGGUGUUUUAUGUUAUUGCAUAGGAACAUAACUAUAUAGUGAACUGAAAAGUGGUACAGGUAGGAACGAAAAGAUUCAGAAGUGACCUUGAAAUCCAGUUGCAUUAUGAUUAAUGGACUAUGAAAAGUGAGGGGCGUCAAACAAUUAGAAAAUGACAAACCUCGGCCUCUUGUGAGUUAAGUCUUGUGACCUGACCUAUUAACAACCACCGGGAAAUAUGGUGCAUGUAUUAAGGAAAAACUAUUCAUGACUAAGAAAGAAGAUACGGACACAGACGGCAACAUCUUGAAAUAAGAUUAAAACAUAUGCUCAAACUGCACAAUAAACAGUUUAAUAAUACUAAUUAUUACAUGAGCCUUAUGACAUGGUUUUUUUUUUAAUCAUCUAACGUGAGUCUUAGCUUCUUCUGUGAGAUUCUGAAGUUUGCUAACGAGUUUAAGUCUCUUCUGGUUCGUUAGUCAUAUUUAAAACCCAGAACUCUUUUAUGGAGAAUUUUUUUAUCAGAACCCAACACUGAAUUCUUCUUAUAAACUCAACACGUAUAGUCAAUUGGAUUACGUCCACCGUAUACUUAGGACAACAAUUUGACAAUAAAAGCUUAUUGAAACAAGUUAAAAAUUAUUUCAAAAGGUUGAAUUAAGUUCCAAAUAAGUUGAUGUUCCAAUGAUCCAAGUUCAACUCCCUUGUACUUUGACCAGGUCAAACUGAACUAUUUGAACAAGCAAUCAGACAUAUUUGUUCUUUGUAGGCUAGCAAGCAGCAAGUUUUUGCAAACACAAGGAAACUUUCCCCUUUACCUUCUUUUGAGAGGCAAGAGAGGAUCACCAAUAGCUUUCCCAUGUCAUUCACAAAAAGAGAUUCCCUAAGUUCUCAGUACUGUCAUUAUUUUCCUUUGGUGCAUCCAUCGUUUUCUGGCUCUAUUAUAACCACUUGCUUUCAAGACAAACUAUCCAAUUUUGAUACACUUCUCAUACCCCACAAUUAUGAAUAAACCUGAAUCUGCAUUAAAAUUAGCACAUUCAAGUUUAGUGAUUGAUUACCUCGACAACUCAAUA